CAUCAUCAUGACUAAAUAUCAAAUAUUCAAUAUUCUAUUUACUAAUUUGAUUUUUUUCUGCAUCAACAACAUAUUGGCAGGGGAGAAUGAAAAAUUUGUUCUACACUCCAUUGAAGAUGCUACACCACCAAAUGAGUGGAUGAAACUGCUAUCUAUUUAUACUCAUGAUGAACAAUAUGUCACAUUGAGUACAGAAGUCUACAAAGAAUUCCCAGCAGAUACAGUUAUCAGGACCAAUGUUACAUAUGCUGGUGAAUCUUUUCCCCAACAUGAAAUGCUGUUAUGUGACUCUUUUAAUGAAAAACUAUUUGGAGAUGAUGUGAAACAGUGUGGAUUUCCACAACCUGGAUUCCCUCAACAGUGUCCUUUUGGUCCACAUAAAUUCCUAGAAGUAAAACAAUGGAAAUUCCCACAAUAUAAAAUACCAGAUGGUACAUUUCCAGGAUCAGUCAUAGUGAACAUCACCUUUUCUAGUGGACCUGAACUAAUGUUGAAAGUAAAUGCAGCAGGUGAAGUGGUCCAAAAGUUAUAUUCAACGAAAGCACCAAUGAGCUUAGGAUAAUAAUUUGAAAUAUUACCUAGUGUCCUAGAGUAUUUUGCACAAUUGCAGUAAUAAUAGCAAUUACCAAUAACGUUCAAUAAACCUAUUAUUUGUUCCUUGGCUUAUCUAUUUCAAUGCACCAUUUGGAGAACAUUUAAUUUGCACAAAUAAAUUGGUUAGUAUCACUAUU